UAAUAAAUUUAUCUUCAUGCAUAUUUUAAUAUAUAAUAAUUAAUGUGUUGAGGACUAUGUGGCAGUGGGGCUGCAGUGCCGAUAACAGAGCUUGUCGGAUUCCAGACGACCCCCAAAUGGCACCAAGACUGUGACACCCUGACUUUGAUUUGAUGAGUCAUUCAUGAGAUAGAGAAGGGGCUCUUCCCUGGGCGGGAUAGCUUUAUUAGAAUCGUCAGGACGCUUGCAACACAAAAUUAUUGUAAAUAAAGUUCGGAUUUUAUGCCCGUUUUUUCUUUGACGCCAACUGUAAACGGGGCUUUAAUUAAAAUUGCUGGAUGUAAACCGAGCUUUAACCUAAAAACAUUUUCCCACGAACACUAACCUAACCUAAUAUUUUUCCAAUUAUAACCCUACUUCUUAAGUCUUACAGAUCAGAAAUGGCCGGUGUACUUUCACAUCUUUUUCGCGGUAUGAACAGAAGAAUUGCCCAACACAGAAUAGUAAGGUCGAAAAGCCCUACUCGUAACAGUUCACAAAACAUUGGCGAACCCAAAUCGGUUAUAACGUGGAAAAGUGUAGGCGUAACUGCAGUAUUAACGGGAGGCUUUCUUGCGUAUAUGCUUUAUCUGAAACGUAAAAAGGAGCUCAUGCAGAUAAAGGACCGUCAGCGAAUGUUAGGGAAAGCGGCUAUCGGCGGAUAUUUCGAGCUGGUCGAUUCCGACAAUACGCCACGUAAAAGUGACGAUUUUUUGGGCAAAUGGCUUUUAAUAUAUUUCGGGUUUACUCAUUGUCCUGAUAUAUGCCCGGACGAAUUGGAGAAAAUGGCCGCUGUUGUCGAUAACUUAGAUAAUUCUAAGGAGAUUCCAAAAGUGCAACCUUUGUUUAUAUCGGUCGAUCCACAUCGUGAUUCGCCUGAAAUUGUUGGAAAGUAUUGCAAAGAGUUUACGCCCAGAUUGCUGGGUUUAACUGGCACAGAAGAACAGGUAGCUCAAGCCUGCAAGGCAUACAGGGUGUAUUUCAGUGCCGGUCCUAAAGAUAAGGAUAGUGACUACAUUGUCGAUCACACCAUUAUUAUGUAUUUGGUGAAUCCUGAGGGUGAGUUUGUCGACUAUUAUGGUCAGACCAAAAAUAGUGUCGAGAUUGCGGAUUCAAUCAAAUUAAAUAUAUUAAAAUACGAGCAAAUAAAGUCAUCAUGGCUGUAAUUUAGUAUUAUGUAGUUUUGUUUUAAUUAUUUACAUUAAACUUGCAAUUUUUGAUCUUU